CGCAGUUUUUUUUGAGAGUUGAGAUUUCGGAGUUUAUGGCGUUUAAUGAGAUGGCGACGGAUGUCGAUAUGGGGACAUGAUGCUGGUAUAAAUAGCAAUUGGACAAGAUUAGAAGCAUAAUUCGAUCAGCUCUCAAUCAAGAAACAUGGCUUUCAAGUUUGUCGCUUUUGCCGCCCUUCUGGCUGUGGUCAAUGCCGGGGCACCAAUUGGUUUCCAUCAGGCCCAUCCACUUGCAACCGCGGCGUAUUCCGCCUCACCAGCGAUUGCUUAUGCGGCGUCUGCACCAGUAGCUCACUAUGCUGACGCUCCAGUUGCUCAUCAUGCCUAUGCCGCCCCCAUUGCCGCCUAUGCUGCUCCAGUCGCCAAAGCCGUCGUCGCUGAAGCCUACGACCCUCAUCCACAAUACUCCUUUGCUUACGGUGUAGAAGACCCUUUGACCGGCGACAGCAAGAACCAGGAAGAGCAUCGUGAUGGUGAUGUUGUCCAGGGUUCUUACUCUUUGACCGAUUCUGAUGGUUUCCGUCGUACUGUUCAAUAUUCAGCUGAUCCAAUUAAUGGAUUCAACGCUGUGGUCCACAGACAACCUUUGGCUGUAAAGGUUGCUAAAGUUGCUGCACCAGUUGCUGCUUAUGCUGCUCAUGCACCACUUGCAUACAGCUCACCUGCUUAUUACCAUUAAAUAUUGACAUAUUUAUUUUUAUAUUGAUGUACAAACAAAAAGACAAAUAUUUUGUUAUAAGAUGAUAAAUAAAAACUAUAUAUAUUAA